UCACAACAAUGUCCUAGAAGUGAGGAAAUAAUCGUAUACUUUUAAAUAAUCUGGGCUGCGUUUCCUGAAGAAAUUCUCAUUGCCACAGCCGAGGGAUAAACAGUGUAGUAGUUUGAGCGUGUUUAUUGCUUGAGCUUGAAGUAUUGUGAUUUCUAACAUGGCUUAAGAGGGUAAAUGAUCCCUGAAAACAGCAAUUGCACCUGAGAAAUAAAAAAAUAACAGUUUGUUAAAUUUCUGGGAUUGCAAUUGCGAUUGGAACGGAAACCAGCUGCCGAGUCAAUCUCCAGUUGACGACGGCACAGCGCCGUUCCCACUACCCAACCCCGCCCCCGUCCUGUAGCCUACAAAAUUGCCAAUUUCCCUGCCCCGUGUACUUUCACCACCUUUCGCACAGCAGAAAGAAUGAUGGAACAGAAAGACGCCCUGUUUGUGCACAGGGGAACAUUUUUUCCCGUUUCAGAUCAAUUUCAGCUCACUCCGGAAUACAUCGACGGCUUGGAACACUUUGAGAUCAGAGACAGUGACGUCUUCCUCAUCACUUUUCCAAAAUCAGGUACAGUUUGGACCCAGCGCAUUGUUACCUCGUUGUACGAAGAGGAUCUUCCGGACAGCGCGAACCUAUGUACAUACGAGCAAAUGCCCUGGCUGGAGUUCUUGCCGAAAAGUGUCCCCAGCACCAAAUUCAUCGAACGGCCAUCGCCCAGGCUGUUCUGCUCCCAUCUGCAGGAGCACCUGGCCCCCAGAGGCCUGAAGGAGAAGAAGGCCAAAGUCAUCUAUGUUUUCCGGAACCCCAAGGACACCCUUGUCUCCUACUUUCAUUUUGCAAAAUUCGAGUUCCUAAUGAAGCAGGAAAAAAACAUUGAUGAAACACUGGACCAUUUCCUUUCUGGUCAGAUGGUUGGUGGUUGCUGGUUUGACCACGUCAAGGGAUGGUACAACAACAGAGACAAGUACAACAUCCUCUUUCUAAGCUAUGAAGAGAUGAUCAAGGAUCUCAGAUCUGUUGUUGUGAAGAUCAGUGAGUUUUUGGGGAAAAAUGCGUCUUGUGCAACAGUCGACAAAACGGUAGAAAGAGCAACCUUUAAGAACAUGAAGAUCGAUCCUCUUGCAAACUAUGAGCUGCUGUCAAAACGAGUAAAUGUAAAAGAGAGGGUACAUUAUCUACGUAAAGGUACAAUUGGGGACUGGAAGAACAACCUUACGGUGGCUCAGAGUGAACGCUUCGACAGAGUCUUCCAGGAGAGGAUGAAGGACUUCCCUCUGACCUUCGUCUGGGACAUCAGUGAGCUCCAGUCUGGGGCUGCAGUGUAAUCUUGUAACAUCAGUGUUAACCUACAAAUACCAGGGCACCUAAAGGACCUUCUACAUCUUCCUGCAUGAACAGAACUGUGUUGAGGAAUUAUCAUAAAUGAUAAAGUGCUCGGUGGGGUGGGGUGAGGAUCAUUUUAUUAGGUAGACCUGUACCUGUACACCAGCUUGUUAAUAUAUUUGCAUUCUCAGCCAAUCAUAUGGCAACUAAAUGCAUAAAAGCAUGCAGACGUGGUCAAGAGGUUCAGCUGUUUUUCAAACCAAAUGUCAGAAUGGGGAAGAAAUGUGAUCGAAGUGACCUUGACUGUGGAAUGUUUGUUGGUGAUUUGAGUAUCUCAAACUGCUGAUCUCCUGGGAUUUUCAGUGUCUGAGUUUGCAGGGUUUUAGAGAAAAUAAAUAAAAUGAAUGAAUGUGAA